AUGAAGGUCAAGCAGGGGUUUAAGUGCAAAGUGUACAAGACGCCGGCUUGUCGCCCGGAUGAGGUGGUAGAUGUUCUUCCGAUGGGUACGAUAGUCACACUGUCAACGGACUGGGGAGGGGCGAUGGAGAAGCAUCCCCAGAGAGGAAAAAGUGGAAAGGGCAAGGUGCUGUGGAUGGUCGAACCGCAGGAGGGAUUCUUGGAGAGGAGGCCGCUGGAGGACCUGCAGCCGAAGGGCGGCGACGAUGCCGUCGAGGCCGAAGUAGCAGCACCAUCGCCGCAUGCCGCUGCUGUCGCUUUGACUCCCGAGGAAAGGAUGGGGAUAGUCCGAGGCGCAACGAAGAUGUCCGAGCUGCUGCGCUCGACCCUUCGAAGAGGGGCGUACUUCGAGGGAGCGGCCGGCGUGCAUUGCUUCGUAGAGGUCCAUCGAGCGGCGCUGAGGGCUGCAGCUACGCUGAUGCGAAAGGAUCCGGCGUCGCGGGAGCGUCUUCUGGAGUGCCGGGGAAUCGAGCUCUUCAUUCAAAUUGUCAACAAGUUCUGCGAGGAAGACAGAGUACUUUGCGAGUACGGGUGCUGGGCCUUGGCCGUCUUCGCCGGAGAGGGGGACUCGGACUCGGACCCGAGCGUGUUUCGGUUUCAGGAGGCUGUGGUGGAGGCGGGGGGGCUGGCGGCGGUGGGGUAUGCCGUGGACGCCCACCGCGACUCUGCGCAGCUACGCAGGUACGGAGUUAGCGCCUUAGCCGCGAUCGUCCACGAAAAUGCCUCAACCGCGGGGCAACUCCACUCCCUAAACCUACACGCUACAGUGGCCGAAGAUUCCAUCCGCCGCUGGCCCAACGACCCCGAGCUGAGCUGCCUGGCUUGCUGGGUGUUGCGGUCUGUCGUCGAGCCGCCAUCGAGGUUGCCCAGGCAAGGCGAUCUCGAACUCGGAGGCAAGGGAGAUGUGGUUCUUCUUGGCGGGAUCAGUGGCGAUGGUGGCAGCGUCGUCGGCAGCAAAUUCCGAAUGCGAAGAAAGAGUGUCGAGGAGGUGGAGGUGGGUUCAGCGAUGCCAGCAGAGAACAGUGGAGAGAGCUCGCUCCAAAAGAGGAACGGCGGUGGCUCGGAGGGAAACAGUUCUCUUGCCCUUGGGAGUGGGGAUGAUCCCCGCGAUCAAUUGGGUGAUGCCGAUGAGACAGGCGGCGGCGGCGGCGGCGGCGGCGGAGUCUUCAUGGAGGGGAGCACGAUGAGCGGAAGCGUAUUCGGGAUGGGAGACAAUGAAACGAGCGAUCUCCUCAUUAGCCUCGCUGACGACGACGAUGUCGACGAUGCAACUACCGCAACCGGACGCAAACCCUCGUCGCCCUUGGGGCAAGCCGGUAGCGUGAGCCCAGCGGCGUCAACAAUCACAGCGGCAGCCCCGGUUUCUGGCGUGACCGCCUCUUCCGCAGCCAAAAAACACCAGGGACUCGAGGGUGUCCCAGUGAAUGAGGGACGACGGGACGCCCCAAUGGAGAAGUUGGGUGGAGAGGUUCAUGCUGGGCAAUCCACCAUCAGCAGCGAAAGCCCGAGAGGGGGGGCAUCAAUUGGCGGCGGAACGAAGGAGGCCGGGGAAGGGCGUGUUGCUGUCCAAGUGGGAGUUGUUAUGGCAGCGGCGUUUAAAGGCGAAGAGGAUGGAGAUGUGCUCGAGAGGUUGCUCAAGCUGGCGGAGGCGACCAAGGGACGAGUAACAACGCGACGUAACGAAAUUCGAUUCGCCCGGAAGGUAUUGAACCACGACAACGAAGACACCCGCAAGGCCGCGUCUCGUCUGGUGGGAGCAAUUCUAAGGCAGAUCGACUCGACCUACGUCCGCAGCUCGAGGCGACGGAGAAGGGCUAGCCAGGCUAGGGUAGCCCGCGUUCUUAGGGAGGGGCAGGCUAUUGGGGCCCUGUAACUCGGAGCACUACUACAGCAGUAGCACUAGUCUAGUGCUCAGAGCAAUGAAAUAGAAAAAGGUGGGUGCUGCAAGAGUACGGCAUGGACUGGAGCUUUCUCUCCACAAUGGCGUAGGCAGUUGUGGGCCUGGCUUAACGCUUCUGAUGCGUACCGAGCCGAGACGGAGAAUUUGCUCGAAAACCACCAGCCGAACAAGCGUCAUGUGGAUUGCAUUAUUUUUCUUCUUUGAUAUUAGUCUACUGUGAAGGAUGACAAAACGAAUCCAUCUCCAUCCACAGAAAAGAGUCAAAGAUGUACUAACUAACGAUGAAUUCAUAGCGUCAGCUGAAGCCUCUGAUAUUUCUUCGUUUUCCCAGGCAGCAUACAGCGAAAUCUCCCCUUUAGGUAACAGGCUCAACAGGACAGUUUGGUAGCAUGUAUCUUUUCUUCAUGUUGCAAGGAUGGAUGGAUGGAUGGAUGCAAAAAUCUUGCCGCGGAAGGAAUCAGUCCCACUUGUGUGUGUGUGUGUUGUGCAGAGCGAGUUUAUUAUUUCACCCUGAGGAAGAAUAGGGUUGUACUACAGUAAUGCUGUAGCACAAGGAUCACACCGAACUUUCGGAAAAAAUGCUGCCGACUUUGGGAUUCUGCAGCAUUGUCAGGAUUUCGGGCGCACACGAAUGAAAGCGGCAUCAUGAAUCAAGAAUCGUUUGCGUACCUAAAUCAGACGAAUCCAAGAAGAAACGUGAACGCAGGAGUGUUCUUUCUGUUCAACGAACCAAGAAAAAAUGGAAUGCCUUCGUAAAGGUUUCCAUAGGGUAUCCAUGAGGGAAGCCCCCGAGACGCCUGAAGCGAUGUGCCGGAGGCGACACGCCGCACGCACUCCUGGUCGGUAUUUUUUCAUUCGUGAUCAUAUUGAUGUUGAAAAUCGCGGUGUUGACGGGCACGCUCACUUGCUGAGCGGACUCAUCAUCGGUCGAGACCAUCCCCCCAAAAGCACAAGUACAAAAUAGGUCAACAAAGACGCAACACACCUACAAAAAUGCCGCCUGUGCUAUAAGUCGUGGUCCUGGUACCCACCUUUAUGUUGAGGUGUGCCAACGCAGAGUCACGGACGCAUCGCGUACAGCAGUCUUGCUGUUGCCUACGUUUACAGUCGACGUGUAGAUUACGUGUAGACGACAUGAAAACACGACAAGGAUGCUGCAGCUAGAAUCGUUCCAUCAGACUCCAGAGAACCAUAGACAAUGAACUCGGCGGUGCUCCACAACAGACUUUCUUCUUCGCACUAUUUAUAUAUAAUAGCGAGAAUACAGACAAAAAAGGUACAACGCAACCGUGGCAAUGUCACAUAUGGCACUUCUCUUGCAUAAAGAGCAAGCAUUAGUCUAGAGAGCCGAAACAGGCACAAGAAUUUGGAGGUACCUCAGGCAACGCCCGGACAAACCAACAAACAAACAUCAACGAGCAAGCCAACGGUCUCCGGUCAGAUACCCCCACAAGUUCACGCUGCGGGUACACGACGGUGAAAUACCACGAACAAUUAGCUUUCCCGACCAACCAGCGGUGAGAGGACAGUAUGAGCCAAGUUCCAAUUUUUUGAGCCCAGCUGCUCCCACCCACCACGCAAGACCCUAACAAACGCGAUUUUCGUCAAGAUUGGCCAACAUGCCAACUACAGCAGCAGCCCCGAGUCACCCGUUCAUUGCGGGGACGCAUACAGUGUCAACAACGACUGGGGGGAGUACGCGAGUAUUAGGACCAGUAGGCAGGCCCACUACAUAGUGACCAGGUCGAAACGUGGCAGGGCCGAGGUAGGUGUAAAGCAGUUGGCCAUACACUAGCCCCCACAAAAAAACUGAACUCACUUGAUGAUGCCCCCCUCCUCUCUUCCUGUCUGCGACAAGCUAUCCACUUUCUAAUCAGAACAGUCCCAAGUGAGGAAAAUCACUACACAACAUGCAACGCCCAAUAUCGAUUCGAGGGUGCCCUCGACACGUAACCCUGCGACGUUACAACAAUCAUCCAGGAAACUGCGUACCAACCUUCACUCUUCGUGAGUUCCCCUCAGCUGCUACAAGAAGUCGAAAGAAAUAUCGGCAUACUUACGUAUGCAUACACCAUGUAGUAAAGUACCCCGCGUAUCAUAGUAAUGGCUCCCGGUUGACCAAACGAGCACUGCCUUCGCUCUACAAUAACGAGGUUGUCUUUUCUCAGGGGCCCACCCUUCUCCGCCAAUCGCGCACUUGACAAAGGAGGCAAGAUAUGACACAUGAACGUAAACGCUACGCAUACCAGACAAAAAUAUGUCAAGUCUUUUUUCACUGCAAAUUAGGAGAAUAAAAUGUAACUAAAAAAAAAAGCGAAAAGAGGGAUUUGAUCCCUGAGACUGUUCAUACAUGAAUGAUGCUAUGCCUACCUGCAACAGAUAUAUCCCUAGGUGUUUCAUUCGUUCCACCACACGCACGCAAGGCACAGCGCAGGAAACGUACAACGCACAAUUGCUCCUCAUGGCCGUUUCCGUCGUGGUACAAACCGCAGCAGCAGCAGCAGAAUAUAACGGCGGUUCGCAAGGAAUGA